AUGUCAACCUGCUUCGCAAUUCACUGGGCCGCUGAAUUACUGGCUUGCUUCCCAUAUUCUCAUGAUUUAAUCCUACAGACGAGCCUGGAAAAAGUCAAGCACAUUGGCAUUGUCGGAGCGAGCGCGUUGAAGUCUCUGUUUCAGAGCCGCUAUCGCCGCGGAAGUUCCCGGAAGACUCGUAGUGAGUGCAUCGACCGCCAGUGCCAGUUCGUGCAAAGCAAUGGCGGACUGAUUCAGUUCAGUGGCGAAGGUAGCGUAGCAUUUUUCGUGUCUCGGUCGGCUACCAAAUGCUGGUUUCCCUUAUACUCGAUCCGGGAGCCCGCCACGGCGCAGGCUCGUCAAGGAUCACAGAAGGGUGGUUAA